AUGCGGAGUCAGGUCCGCAGGUCAAACCAGAGGGUGACAGGUCACAGUGGCUCAUCAAGGCGUCUCCUCCUUUCAGACUGGAGGCCGGCGCUGAACCUUGCUGCCCUGGACUGCGCUGAUGAGACCAACAGUGCCAUCUGCAGGGACUUCAACAUCCCCGGCUUCCCCACCGUGAGGUUCUUCAAGGCUUUCUCCAAGGGCGGCUUGGGAACAACCCUGCCAGUGGCUGGUGCCGACGCGCCAACGCUGCGUGAGAGGCUCAUUGAUGCCCUGGAGACGCACCGUGACAAGUGGCCCUCGGCCUGUCCUCCUCUGGAGCCUGCCAGGCUGAAGGAAAUUGAUGGAUUUUUUGCAAGAAACAAUAAAGAAUACCUGGCUUUGAUCUUCGAAAAAGAAGGUUCCUACCUGGGGAGAGAGGUGACUCUGGACCUGUCCCAGCACCAGGGCCUGGCGGUACGCAGGGUGCUGAGCACCCAGAGAGACGUGGUGAGCAGAUUUGCCGUUACCAACUUCCCAUCUUGCUACCUGCUGUUCCGGAAUGGCUCUGUCUCCCGGGUCCCUGUGCUAACCGAGUCCAGGCCAUCCUACACGGCGUACCUGCAGAAACUUCCCGGGCUCACCAGGGAGGCCUCGCACACCACCGUGGCACCCACCACGUCUAACAAGAUAGCACCCACGGUGUGGAAAUUUGCAGAUCGCUCCAAGGUCUACAUGGCCGACCUGGAAUCUGCGCUGCAUUACAUCCUGCGGGUGGAAGUGGGCAAAUUCUCCGUCCUGGAGGGACAGCGCCUGGUGGCCCUGAAAAAGUUCGUGGCCGUGCUGGCCAAGUACUUCCCUGGCCGGCCCUUGGUACAGAACUUGCUGUACUCCAUAGAUGACUGGCUCAAGAGGCAGCAGAAAAAGAAGAUCCCCUACAGCUAUUUCCAAACUGCCCUGGACAGCAGGAGGGAGGACGCUGUGCUGGCCAAGAAGGUGAACUGGAUCGGCUGCCAGGGUAGUGAGCCACACUUCCGGGGCUUCCCCUGCUCCCUGUGGGUCCUCUUCCACUUCCUGACGGUGCAGGCGAGUCGGCGAAGCACAGAACCCCCACGAGACAUGGCCAAGGGCCAGGAGGUGCUGCAGGCCAUCCGGAGCUACGUCCGUCACUUCUUCGGCUGCCGGGAGUGUGCGGGCCACUUCGAGCAGAUGGCUGCCCGCUCCAUGCACCGGGUGGGUAGCGCCAAUGACGCCGUCCUCUGGCUCUGGAAUAGCCACAACCAGGUCAACGCUCGCCUCGCAGGAGCCCCCAGCGAGGACCCCCAGUUCCCCAAGGUGCAAUGGCCACCACGUGAACUCUGCUCUGCUUGCCACAAUGAACUCCAGGGCCCGAUGCCAGUGUGGGAUGUGGGCGCCACCCUCGACUUCCUCAAGAGCCACUUCUCCCCUGGAAACAUUGCCCUGGACCCCCCUCCGGCUAGGCCGGCCCCCCGCCGGGGUGUGGUGAGAGCCCUGGAGCUGACCACAGAGAACUCUUCCACCCUGACUCCUGAGGUGUCCGAGGCCCCAGGAACCACGGUGCCUGCUGAGAGACCCGAGGCAGAUGAGCCCGAGGCAGACACGCUCCGGGUAGAGCAGCAGGAGGCUGUACCAGGGCCGCCACGGAAGCGCCUGAGCAGGCGGGACACAGGGGCGGUGCUGCUGGCCAGGCCCCAGCCCCGCGAGGAUGGCCCCCAGGGUGCCUGGCCGCUGAGGCGCGUGGGCCGUGGGGCCGCCAAGCUGCUGGCAGGCAUGCCUGAGGAGGAGCCUAUGGUGGCAGUGGCAGCCCGGGCCAGGAGGGCCCCUGGCCAGUGGCUGCAGGUGCUGGGUGGGGGCUUUUCUCACCUGGAUGCCAGCCUGUGUGUGGGGCUCUAUUCCCUGUCCUUCAUGGGCCUGCUGGCCGUGUACAGCUUCUUCCGGGCCAGGAUGAGGGCCCUGAAGGGCCACGCCAGCCACUCUGCAGCUUGAGCCUCCCAGCCCAGGAGUUGGGGGCCGGAUCUUCCCGCCACCUCUCUCCUUUCCUUCCCUCCUGCCUGCCUUGUGGUGCCCUG